UAUUCGUUAAAGCAACAGUUUUAAGUGAUGAUAAGUGGUGCAAUGUUGUUUUAGUAAGGUUACAACUUUAGCAUUCCAAAAGCUGUCCGAUUUGGGAUGGAAGAUUUUGAGGGGAAGUUGACGAUUUCAGAGGAAACGGAACUGGAAACUGAUGAAUCUAGCGACGAUUGUUUGAAUAAAUCUUCAAGAUCAAAAUCACUCAUUUUGCUUCGUAGAUUUCUCUCUAUUCAGCAACGAAGAGCCGAAGCUUACGCCAAAUUGCGAGAUGGUUUUGCUGAAUACUUGAUCUCAGGGGGGGAGUUGGCUUACCAGAAGCUUUGCAGCGAGAUCACGGUGGAGUUUAGUGAUUGCUCAAAACAAGUUCAUGGAUUGGAAUCUCAAUUUUUGAAGCCUGAUUGCUUUAGAGAUGAUCUAGCUAAAUUAUUAAGGGCUGUCCAGGAACAGGAAAAGCAGAAACUGGAGCUAACUGCAAGGAUACAGGUAUUGAAGAAGGCCGGGCGGCCAUCUGAACGACUUGUAUCUCACGAGAACUGUUUGUUUAAGAAGCCAAUGCAGCAUGAAUGUGUGCAUGUCCAUGAGUUAACUGAUGCAGCUGGAACCGAGGAAGCAGAGGCAGAUGCAGAGUAUGAUAAUGCUUUUAAAGAAGCCAUGCAAGGUGUGCAGGAGGUUGUGACUUGUAUAAAUGAAUACUUGGAAGAAGUAAGGUAUGAGAUUGCUGCCCUCGAAGUCAAGUGAACUGUCAAGCUUAAGGUGAAUUCUUUAAGUAAUAGCUGCCUAUCGAUGCAGAAUUUGAAAAACAAAACCUUAGUUUGUUCAGUCAAUGAAAUAUAUGUACAUUCUUGAGACUUGAAGUUGACUGUGUGUCUGUCUCCUGACUCCUGAGUGUAAAAGAAUGAAUCUUUAUUCACUAGCUAGAUCUUAUACAGUACUAGAUUUUAUACAAUACAUGGGAUUGGAGUUUAGGCUUCUAUAAAAUGCUUUAUGUGGUGGACCA